AAGCCCCGCCCCUUAUCGCGUCCCUGUGUCUACCUGGGUAGCGCAGCCCGGCGAGGGGUGGGGCUUGCGCUGGUCUCGCCCACCGCCUCCACCUGCCUGCGCACCAGUGGGGUCCUCCAGGCAGCCCAGAGCGGUGUAGGGGGCGGGGCUUGCUCCGGCCGCGCUCCCUUGGCGUCGCUGCGGCGCCGGAAGCGGCGCGGCUGGUGGUAGGGUCUGGUGGUACGGUGGCAGGACUGCUGAGCCGUGACCGGACCUGUCCCGUCCCGCCCCGCCUCACCUCUACUCCCUACCUCAGCUUCCCCGCGCGGAUCCAAGCCCCAAUGGACACAAAAGCGGAGCAGAGUGCGUCCUGACCCUUGCUCCACGUGGCUGCCCUGUGCCAGCCCCCGUGACUAUGGAUGAGUGGAAACCCAACCCUGCCACCAAGCCCCACAAGAAGCGGAGCUGGUACCUCGCUUGGAAGUACAAGCUGAUGAACCAGCGUGCGCUGCGGAAGCUGUGCCAGACAGGUGCUGUCCUCUUCCUGCUUGUGACUGUAAUUGUGAACAUCAAGCUGAUCUUGGACACCAGGAGAGCUGCUUAUGAGGAGGAAGAGGAGUCUGCACAGGACUACGAUGACGAGAUGCUGAAUGUGGAGGUCCCUAGGCACCCUGCCAGCAACAAGAAGGUCUUGGAUGUUGAGGUUUACUCCAGCCGGUCGAAGGUCUAUGUGGCUGUGGAUGGGACAACAGUCCUGGAAGAUGAAGCUCGGGAGCAAGGAAGAGGGAUCCAUGUCAUCGUCUUAAAUCAGGCUACGGGUCACGUGAUGGCCAAGAGGGUCUUUGACACCUAUUCUCCACAUGAAGAUGAAGCCAUGGUACUUUUCCUCAACAUGGUUGCUCGGGGACGGAUCCUGAUCUUCACCAUUAAGGAUGAAGGUUCCUUUCACCUCAAGGACACAGCCAAGAAUGUUCUGAAAAGCCUGGGAAGCCAAGUUGCACCGUUCCUGAGCUGGAGAGACAUGUGGACGUUUGUGGGGAAGAAGGGAGGGGAAGUGUACGGGGAGAAGCACGCCAAGUCACCUGCCCUCUCGACAUGGGGUGACCCAGUACUGCUGAAGACAGAAGUUCAUCUGACAUCUGUGGAAGAUGCUGAGUGCCAUUGGCCCGACACAGAGCUGAACCGCCGCCGAAAGAGGUUCUGCAGCAAAGUAGAAGGUUAUGGCAGUGUCUGCAGCUGCAAAGACCCCACACCCAUUGAGUUCAACCCUGAUCCCCUCAAAGACAAUAAAGUCUUUGAUGUGCCUGUAGCUGUGAUUGCAGGGAAUCGCCCCAACUACCUGUACAGGAUGCUGCGCUCCUUGCUGUCGGCUCAAGGUGUCAGUCCACAGAUGAUCACAGUCUUCAUCGAUGGGUACUAUGAGGAGCCAAUGGAUGUUGUGGAACUGUUUGGCCUCUCAGGAAUCCAGCACACUCCCAUCAGCAUUAAAAAUGCCAGAGUUUCCCAGCACUACAAAGCCAGCCUGACUGCAACCUUCAACCUGUUCCCGGAUGCUAAAUUUGCUGUGGUUCUGGAGGAAGACCUUGACAUUUCUGUGGACUUCUUCAGCUUUCUGAGCCAGUCGAUACACCUUCUGGAGGAGGACGAGAGCCUGUACUGCAUCUCAGCUUGGAAUGACCAGGGUUAUGAGCACACAGCUGAGGACCCCUCACUCCUGUACCGUGUGGAGACGAUGCCAGGCCUGGGCUGGGUGCUCCGAAAGAGCCUGUACAAGGAUGAGCUGGAGCCAAAGUGGCCAACCCCUGAGAAGCUCUGGGACUGGGACAUGUGGAUGCGGAUGCCUGAGCAGCGGAAAGGCCGGGAGUGCAUCAUCCCUGACAUCUCGCGCUCCUACCACUUUGGCAUCGUGGGGCUCAACAUGAAUGGCUACUUCCACGAAGCCUAUUUCAAGAAGCACAAGUUCAACACCGUUCCAAAUGUCCAGCUUAAAAAUGUAGAGAGCUUGAGGAAGGAUGCCUAUGAGACCGAAAUUCAUCGGCUGCUGGGCGAGGCUGAAGUCUUGGAUCACAGCAAGAACCCGUGUGAAGACUCCUUUGUGCCCGACACUGAGGGCAAGGUCUAUGUCAUGUUCAUCAGGAUGGAGCAAGAAGCAGAUUUCACCACCUGGACUCAGCUUGCCAAGUGCCUCCACAUCUGGGAUCUGGAUGUCCGUGGGAACCACAAGGGGCUGUGGCGGCUCUUCCGCAAGAAGAACCACUUCCUUGUGGUGGGGGUCCCUGCCUCUCCCUACUCGUCUAAGAAGCCCUCAUCGGUGAUGCCAAUCUACAUGGAGCCCCCUGCCAAGGAGGAGGGGGCAGCGGCAGUGCCAGCAGUUGCUGCAGCAGAGCAGACGUGAGACGGGUAGCUGGGAAGCGCAGGGGACUGGGGAAAGAC